CCUUGACUUGUUGGCAAGUAAGGCACCGACUCACGUACUCUGCGAUGUCCCUCUUCAUACCCGACCACCAGUAACCUUCCUUCAAGUCUCGGUACAUUUUAGUACCUUCUGGAUGCAUGGCAUACGCUGAAGAAUGAGCCUCCUCCAGUAUAGACUUUUGGAGCUCCUCAUUAUUUGGUAUGCAUACACGUUCUUUAAACAGUAAAAGACCGUCUUCACGUAUCCGAAAGUUCUCAACGGGCCCCUCAAGGAUCCGUUCACGGAUCUUCUAUUGAAUAAUAAUUUAUUUUGUAUCAAGUUUGUCAAGAGUCUUGUAUUAGUAUAGCCUUUAUUGCUCCUUUAUGUAUUUAUUAUUGUAUUUAUUAGAGUAGUAAAGGGUAUGGGGCCAAAGUGUCAGGCCCAUAAAUUAGGCUGAAAGCCUUUACGCAAACCUUAACUUGCGCAUAUAAAAAGGCGCAUAAGGUUUAGGUUUGCGUUAACUUUUGCAUUCGAUCUUUACAGCCUCAGAGCUUAUCAUUCUUAGUGUAGAAGUUCAUGGUAUAUCAAAGACGAGUUUAAGGAUCUUCUGCGUAUAUCUUUCUGCUAUUCUUAUCUUUGAGUAUCGUUAUAUUGCUGUAAUCAUAUAAACAGGGACAAACAAUUGGUAUCAGAGCCGAUCGAGGCCGAUCAAACGUUCAUCAUCGAAAGACUGCUGUUUUCUUGUUCAUCUGUAGUUUUUCGAGUUUAGCUAUUGUAAUCUUGUUUUUGAUCAAAUACCUGUAAAAGUUAUACUGUUAGAUUCGCAAUCUCUUAACUAUCAAGCAGUAUACCUUAGAUUCUGCUUUGCGCAAAAUUUCCUUUUUGAGGAACUCGACAUUGAGAACUCGAGACUACAUGCUCUACAAGUUCCACUCAGCUUUUUGAUCUGAAAUUUUCACAGGAGGAACUCGACAUCCAGAAGUACAGGAAAUAAUUUUCAGAUCUUGAAAACUCGAAACUUUCUAUUUGCAGGAACUCGCAAUUCAGGGUUUUGAACUCCUAAACUCGUAGUUGGACUUUCGAAUUUAGAACUCGCAUUGUAUAAACUCUCAACAUCAAAACUCGCAAGUUUUUACUCGAGUUUUGAAGUUGUGAGUUUCACAUCUCGAGUUUUGAAAACUCGAAACUCUAAACUCGAGAAUCUAGUCUCGAGUUCUCUUCUUGAAAUCUUAAAACUCGAGUUUAGCAUUUCAACACUCAGGAACUCGAGGUUCUGCCUUAGAAUUUUUUUCUGAUCAAAUCUCGAACGGUCAGUUUAUAACAGCAAUGGCAACAGACUCUUCAGCACUUGGUAACAACAGCAAUCCCCCAGUACUGAGAAACGGGGAAUAUUAGAUGUGGAAUACUCGAUUUCUCAACUUUCUUGAGAAUAGGGAUAACUCUUCUGCACUGCUGGAAUCCCUCUCUCAAGGCCCUGUAGUAUUGUGGAUAACUAUCCCGGGGAAUGAGAACAUUAAUCCACCAAUUGAACAAGUCAGACGGAUUAAAACACCCACUGAAUACACAACAGAGGACAGAGAGAGAUUGAAGGCUGAUCUCAUUGUCAAAACAUACCUGCUACAAGCCAUUCCAAAUGAUAUCUACGUUAUGAUUGAUAGUAUGCAGACUGCGAAGGAAAUGUGGGAUGAAGUCGCAAAGCUGCGGAAGGGAACUUCCAUUGGACUAAAGACAAAAAGGCCAAUACUCUGACGACUAUGACUCUUUUAAAGCCUUACCAGGCGAAUCACUCAUUUCCACCCACAAAAGGUUCAUGACACUGAUCAACGAACUGAGAAAGAUCAAUAUAUUCAAAUCCAACAUGGAAAUGAAUAUCAGAUUCAUGUCAAACCUGAAACCUGAGUGGAGGAAAACUGUCAAAGAUGUAAGAAAAAGUCUGGACCUUGAUGAAGUGGAUCUCUGCACACUGCGAGACCAUCUGAGAACCUUUGAGAACGAUGUUGCAAAACUAGAAGGACAUUACUCAACUGAUCCAUUAGCACUUGUUAUGGAAGCUCAGCCACAGAGGCCCACGAAGGUCCAGAAGAAGAAGAAAAAGGUUGUGAUUGAGUCAAAAGAAGAAGAAAGUGAAGAUGAGAUAGACUUCGAGCAUGAAAUGGCGGAGCUGCAGAAGAAGAUGGCACUCCUAACCAAGAAGUGGGGGAAGAAGAACGGCUCCUCAAAUAAGCUGAGAACCUCCUCCUCUAACUAUAAACAGAAGACCCCUGAUCAAAGCAGUUCUGGCAAGGCAGCUGCAGCUGAUGAUUCUCUAGAAUGCUAUAACUGUGCAAAGUCAGGACAUCUUCAGAAGGACUGUCGUCUUCCAAAGAGAAAGGAUGUUAACUUCUAUAGACAGAAAAUAAUCUGGAACAAGCAGAAGUUGUUGCUGGCCAAAAAGGAAGAGGAGAAUGCAGCACUGCUUGCUGAGAAUGAACAUUGGAAUGAGGACUCAUCUGACGAAGAAGAAGAAGAAGAGGAUAACUAUGCAUUGAUGGCAUUGUUGGAGGGUGAAGAAGAAGAAGAAAAGGGUGAUGUUGCGAUCCGCGAAAGUGAAAGCUCGAAUAGCACGGACAAGAAGUGAACAAGAGAUGGAAGAAGAAGGAAGAGUGGAGGCUGAAAAGAAAAGAAACUGCUGAAAGAAAGAAGAAAUUUUUCGAAGAAAAGAAGUCCAGCUCUUGUUCCAGCUCUCUUUUUUAUUCUAAGAAAAAAUGUAAUUCUUGUUCAGUCAAACAUUCUUUCAGUAAUUCAGCUUUGAGUCCUAAGCUGAAAAAUUAUGUGUUGUCUUUUGAACAAUCUGCUUCUUAUAAUUCAACUGAUGCUUAUGGCUAUUCUGUUCCUGACCCCCAUAACUAUGAAUGUGAUUCGAAUGUUGUUAAGGUGCAACCUCGGAGAGAGGUUAAACAAAGAAAAGAAAACAAGAGUAGAACAUUUGAGGGACUUUUCUGUCUUCCAAAUCUAAAAUAUCCCCUCAAAGUUCACUCUGAGAAACACGUUACCAGACUCUCGAAAGAGAAGAUUUUUAAGUCUCAACUCACCAAACAACCAUUCAAUCACAAGGCUAAUGUCUACACUUCUCCCAACACCAAGCAAAAGUGGGUCCCCAAAAAUGGACCUACUAAAACUGAAACUGCAAAGUGGGUUCCCAAGAACGGACCUACUAAAACUGAAACUGCAAGGUGGGUCCCCAAGAACGGACCUACUAAACCUGAAACUGCUAGAUGGGUCCCCAAAAACGCACUCACUAAAACUGAAACUGAAAAGUGGAUUCCCAAGGUCAGACCUUAUGCAAAAUCAGAACUGGCUAUUACAGAGCCCACAAAAGAUAAAUCUUUUGGUGAGAAAGCUGCUGACUUUGGAUCACAGCUAAAAGCGAAAUUCAAAAAGGUGUUCACUGUUGAUAAGGAAGGACCCAUUCCAAGAUGGGGACCUAAAUCUGCUUAACUGUUUUGCAGGGCGGUCAUGUGUGGCACUUAGAUUCUGGAUGCUCAACCCACAUGACCGGAAUCAAACACCUGUUGAGCAACUUCACCAACUACUAUGGAGGAAAUGUCAGGUUCGGCAAUGACGCCUCAUCUCCAAUCCUUGGGUAUGGGGACGUCAUCUGUGCCAGCGUAACCAUAAAGGCUGUCUUUUAUGUCAAAGGGCUCAAACAUAACUUACUGAGCAUAGGACAAUUUUGUGACAGUGGGAUGGAGGUGAGGUUCUUUGCCAAACAAUGUUGUGUGUUGGACAACUUUGGGAACUCAUUAUUAACGUGUAACAGGACAUCAAACCUGUACACAAUUGAUCUGAAAAGUGUACAAUCCACCACUUCCAUCUGUCUACUGUCCAGAGCUUCGACUGAACAGAACAGUCUAUGGCACCGACGCCUUUCCCACCUAAACUUCAAGAAUAUCUCCAUUUUGUCCUCAAAGAAACUUGUAAAGGGGCUUCCUCUGCUAAAGUCUUCCGCUGACAAUCAUUGUAGUGCCUGUAAACUAGGCAACAUGACAAGAAGCUCCCACAAGUCAAAACAUGUACCAUCAUCCACUCAUCUGCUGCAACUUCUUCACAUGGAUCUGUGUGGACUUGUUGACGACUUCUCACGGUACACAUGGACAAAAUUUCUUCGUACCAAAGAUGAAACUGCAGGAAUCAUUAUGACCUUUAUCAGAACUAUUCAGAAACUACUUCAGAAGAGUGUGAGGAUAACCCGAACAGACAAUGGCACUGAAUUCAAGAAUCAGGUUUUCACUGAGUUCUAUGAAUCUCAGGGUAUCACACAACAGUUCUUUGCAGCCAAGAAUCCACAACAAAAUGGGGUGGUUGAGAGGAAAAAUAGAAACACUUGUUGAAGCAGCACGCACCAUGCUGAUCCAGUCUAAGCUCUCUCACUUCAUGUGGGCUGAAGCCAUCAAUACAGCGUGCUUCACACAAAACAGAACGUCCAUUCAUAAACGCUUCGACAAGACCCCCUAUGGGAUCCUCUUCAACAGAACCCCAGAUAUCUCCUUCUUUAAAGUAUUUGGCUGCAAGUGCUUUGUCCUGAAUGCUAGAGACAAAAGGAGCAAACUCGAUCCAAAAGCUCGGGAAGGGGUGUUCAUUGGCCACUCUACACAGUCAAAGGCAUACAGAAUCUAUUUGAGAGAUCGAUGAACUAUCAUAGAGAGUGUGAAUGUAACAUUCUAUGAAAUGGCAGACUUCGCUUCUGAGCACUUCUUGGCAGACCCUUCCUCUUCUGAACCGCAACAACCCUCUGAUGAAGCCAUUCCUCAAACUUCAUCUGACUGUGUGAUUCUAGAUUCACUGUUCAAACAAUUUUAUGAGAAUCCACGUCCCGUAACUCCAAUACCUUCACCACAACCUAGUCCUACCCCACUGAUCCCACUUCUACCCAGUCCAGAAGACGUACCAUCUACGCCUUCCACUCCUCAAUCCAAUCCAGAAGAAGUUGAAGAUCACGAGUUUGAUACAACUCCAAAAUCAUCUCCUCUACACAACACUACUGCUCAAGAGCACACUAUUCCAUAUGAGGACUCGGAUCAACCAAUCAUAACUCCAAUUCCUAUGGCUCAUGAAAGGAAAUGGACGAAGGCACAUCCUGUUGAACAGAUAAUCAGUGAUUCGAGUCAAGGUGUCCGCACAAGAUCUGCUACAAUGAAUGAAUGCCAGUUUGCUUGCUUUCUAAGCCAGAAUGAACCAUCCAAAGUCUCUAAAGCACUCACUGAUCCAGAUUGGGUGAUUGUUACGCAAGAUGAGCUCAAUCAAUUUGAGAGACUACAAGUUUGGACACUCGUGCCAAGCCAUCUCAGAAAUCUAUCAUAGGCACCAAAUGGGUGUUCAAGAACAAGAAAGACGAAGAAGGAAUCAUCGUGCGAAACAAAGCUAGAUUGGUCGCAAAAGGGUACAAUCAACAGGAGGACAUAUACUAUGAUGAAACAUUUGCACCCGUAGCAAGAAUUGAAGCAAUCCGCCUCUUUCUUGCAUAUGCGGCUCACAAGAACGUCACCGUCUUUCAAAUGGACGUGAAGACUACCUUUCUCAAUGGAGUUUUAGAGGAAGAUGUCUACGUUUCUCAGCCCGAAGGAUUUGUAGAUCCCAAUUACCCUGACCACGUGUACAAACUGAACAAGACCCUCUACAGACUGAAACAAGCUCCAAGAGCCUAGUACGAUGCCUUGACAGAGUUUCUGGUUGAUUCAGGUUUCUCUAAUGGAAAGAUUGAUACUACACUGUUCAUCAAGCGACAGAAGUCUGACAUUAUUCUGAUUCAGAUCUAUGUCGAUGACAUCAUCUUUGCCUCCUCAAAUCUGCGUAUGUGCAAGCACUUUGAGAAACUAAUGAAAACCAAGUUUGAAAUGAGCAUGAUGGGAGAGUUGAACUUCUUUCUAGGCCUGCAAGUCCGAAAGCUACAAGAUGGGAUUUUUAUCAAUCAGUCUAAAUACAUACUCGAUAUGUUGAAAAUAUUUCACAUCGGCGGCAAGUCAUCCAUGCCGACCCCUAUGUCCCCCAACAACAAACUGGACUCUGACCCCUCAGGGAAACCAGUAGAUCCCACCAACUACAGGGCAAUCAUUGGAUCUCUCCUCUAUCUCACGUCUAGCAGGCCUGAUAUUGUAUUUUCCACAUGCUUGUGCGCUCGAUUUCAAGCGAAUCCGAAGGAAUCACAUCUGACAGCAGUAAGAAGAAUCUUGAGAUACCUCAAAGGCACUGUGAACUUAGGCCUGUGGUACCCCAAGCAUUCAGGUUUUGACCUAGUCGGAUAUUCGGACGCAGAUUUUGCAGGUUGCACAAUGGAUAGAAGGAGUACCUCGGGAGGUGCCCAAUUCUUGGGUAAGAAGUUAGUCUGCUGGUCUUCCAAGAAGCAGAACUGUGUGUCAACAUCUACAGCCGAGGCAGAAUACGUCACAGCUGCUAGCUGUUGUUCACAAAUAUUAUGGAUGAAGACCCAGCUAAAAGACUACGGGUACACAUUCCGCCAUAUCCCGAUCUACAGUGAUUCACAGAGCGCCAUCGCCAUCACCAGCAACCCUGUUCACCACUCUCGCACCAAACACAUUGACUUGCGCUAUCAUUUCAUCAAGGACCAUGUGGAGAAAGGAGAUAUUGAUAUGUACUUUGUAAGCUCUGAUCUUCAACUGGCUGACUUGUUCACUAAGGCUCUGGAUGAAAAACGAUUCCAGUUCCUAGUCGCCAAGUUAGGCAUGUUGAACCUUGAGCAUGUGUAAUUUUAUCUCCACUGGUCUGUACAAGGGUGUGUGUGGGACUUGUAAAAAGUGUGUGUGUGUGUGUGUGUGUGUGUGUGUGUGCGCGUGAGUUGCAUGUGUCAAGGGGGAGAAAAAGCGUAAAAUACAAAAAGAGUGUGUGUGAGUUGCAUCUGUACAAAGUGAGUGUUGCAUGUGUUGAGGGGGAGAAAACCCCGAAAAGAACAAAAACAGUGUGCGUGAGUUGCAUCUGUACAAAGUGUGAGUUGCAUGUGUCAAGGGGGAGAAAAAGCGUAAAAAAAGAAAAAAGAACAAAAACAGUGUGCGUGAGUUGCAUCUGUACAAAGUGUGAGUUGCAUACAUCAAGGGGGAGAAAAAGGGUAAAAUUACAAAAAUAGCAUGUGUUGCAUGUGUGAGUUUUUUUAUUUCUUCCUUGCAUCUUCUGAGGGGGGAGUUCUGCUCUGUUACAUUUUUCUUUGGGCAUAAAAUAAUCUUCAUAUCAAAAUGAGCCCAACACUCCUCUUUGGGCUCGAAAUAUUUUCUCGCACGGCCCAUACCUUCUGUUCUUCACAUAUAAAAACGAGAUCUUGACCCAUCUUCUUCAUUGUUCUCGCACUCUCGGAAUCUCAACGUCGGGCAUCCACUAUGUUUUAGUCUCUCUCAUCUCGAAAUCUCUUCAUUUUCCCCUAUCGAUCGAAAACAGAAGGUAGUUCACAGGGUUUCGAUCGUUUGAACUGAUGAACUCGAAAAGUUUUGAAAACGAUCAAUCUCCAAAAGUGUUUAAGGGGUUUCGAUUCGUGUUAUAUACUUCCUCUGUUCCAUAAAAGUUGUAACAUUGGAAUUUCUACACUAUUCACACACCUUACUUUGACUACGAUUUUCUAAUAAUAAAUAUAAGAAAAAUAUUAUGUAUAAAAUAUUAAUAAAUUUGCAUUAACGUAAAUUUCCAAUAUAUUAACUUUUUUAAUGUUUACUAAUACAUAAAUGAAUAUAAUUACAGUCAAAGUUGCACGUUGGCAAACGUGAAAGUCAAACUGUUGCAACUUUUAUGGAACGGAGGAUAGUAUAUGUUUUGAUAUUUUUGCAGGUGGAAAUCUUCGUCGUUUGUUGGGGCGACCUCGAGAUUAAGCUUCUCGUUGUCUAAACCAUGUUUCAGAAUCCAUCGUUUUCAAUUCGAGGCCAGA